AUGGCGCGUCGUUCGGUCCUGCGCGAAAGAAGAAGAAGAAGAUGCAUCUUCUUUCGUGUUUUUUUUGCGUCACAUCGUGGGUGCAUGUGUUCACUUCUCUCGCGACCCUUGGGGAAGAAGUUCUCGACGCUUCAACGUGUCCGAUCAGCAACGGUACAGGCGACCAAGGGUACGCGGAUACCUAUCGCGGCUGGUACGACGCGAGUGGGUGCGGUAUUUGCCAAGAUUACUGCAGAUGGGUUGGAGAUUCAGGUUCUGGUGGCGACCCGAGCGUGA